AUGGCAGAUUCUCAGGGGGUCGAUGGGGUGGAUAUGGAGCCACGAGAUGGUGCGGGUCGAAGGGUGGGCGAAGGCUUGGAGGGUCUUGGUAGACAGCCGAUCAGCAAGUUUUGGGAACGUAGCACUGACUCCGAGUCUGUUUUUGAACCCGCUCGGUGCGAGGGUGAUGAUCUUGUCACUUCUGGAGAUGCCCAGACACAAGAGAGGGGGGCCAUGCUAUAUUCGCCUCGCUCAUGGGAGUUCCUCAUUUCCUUCCAAGGCCAUUACACCCGACGGCCCGUGUUGUACAUCCGCAAGUGUCAUCUCAGUCGGGCAAAGCCCUUGCGCCUCUUCGCGAAUCUCGAUCAAGCGUUGACCAUGUCAGCUCAGCAUGGCACCGAACCUACCAUUGACGAGGACGCCGUCCUGCACUUUGACGUCCAAGUGAGAGCCAAUACGCCAAGCAGCCAGAGCAGUGCUUCAAGUGAUGUCCCAGACGAGAGCUUGGCUCCUCCCGCUUUCAGCCGACCUGGACACCAUCUCCCCGUCGCAACCCCGGACUGGAACAACCUCAAGGUUCUCCACCACAAUACCCUGGCCCCACGAAGCAGCUUCUUCACCUAUCCGAACGAGAAGGACGCUCUGACGUGGGAUGUCAGCAAGGCCAAGGCCAUCUGCCUGUCAGGAACCUGGAAGUUUCACCUGUCAACCUCACCCUUCGAUGGCCCACGCAACUUCUGGGAGGCUGGGUACGACCACAAUGCUGCCGAGCAUCAGUGGAGUAAUAUCGCCGUCCCUGGCAUGUGGCAAUGCCAGGGCUUUGGGAAAGGUCCCCAGUACACCAACUACAACUUUCCCUUCCCUGUGGACCCGCCAAACGUCUCCUACACUGAUAACGAGUGCGGCAGGCACCUGACGACUUUCAAGGUUCCUCAUUCCUUCAAGGACCAUCAGUUGCGGUUGAGGUUUGAGGGCGUCGACUCUGCCUUUACCGUUUGGGUCAACGGCCACAAGGUCGGCUAUUCGCAAGGAUCGCGUAAUCCCAGCGAGUUCGACAUAUCCAGACUCGUCACGGCUGGGCGCUCCGCCACUCUCGCCGUCGAGGUCUACCAGCGUUGCGACGGCACCUACAUUGAGGACCAGGACCAGUGGUGGCUCAGUGGCAUAUUUAGAGACGUCUACCUGCAUGCCUUUGAGCGGUUCAGUCCGCACGAUAUCCACAUCCAGACGCUCCUCGAUGACGAUUACAAGAAUGCCGUCCUCAAAGUUGGCGUCACUACGAGCGAGUUUACCUUUGUCUCGUUGAGGCUUCUCGACGCCGACGGCGAGCCAGUGUUCGGGGAAACCCACCAUGGCGCGACGCAGGCGCAGGGCACCACCGACCUCACGUUUGAAUUACCAGUCAAGAACCCACACAAGUGGACGGCCGAGACACCAUAUUUGUACACGCUCUUGCUCGGCUUCCCCGGCUGCGUCAUCCCGCAGCGUGUCGGCUUCCGCAGAACUGAACUCAUUGAUGGCGUCUUUUGCGUCAACGGCGAAACCGAUCAAGCUCAGGGCCUGUACGAUCAGCUGGGAUUGUGGAUCCUCAACGAAGCGGACCUUGAAUGCCACGGCUUUGCUUCCGUCGGCGGCGACGCGUCCAAGUUUACGUCUGACAACCCUGACUGGAAGGAUGCCUACGUAGACAGGGCGCGUCAGAUGGUGUUGCGCGACAAGAACCACGCGUGCGUGAUCAUCUGGUCGCUGGGGAACGAGGCGUUCUACGGACGGAACCACCAGUCCAUGUAUGACUUCAUUAAAAGCGUUGACACGACGCGCCUUGUCCAUUACGAAGCGGACUACGGAGCGCGGACAGUGGACAUUUACAGCCGGAUGUACUCCUCGGUCGAGAGCGUCAUCAACGCGGCGAGAGACAAGGACUGGGAGAAGCCCUUGGUUUUGUGCGAGUACAUCCAUGCCAUGGGCAACGGCCCGGGAGCCAUCCGAGAGUACGUUGAGGCGUUCUACCGGUACCCUAGGCUCAUGGGAGGAUUCGUUUGGGAGUGGGCCAAUCAUACGAAAGAUGGCGAAGAGUACAUGGCGUAUGGCGGUGACUUUGGAGACGACCCCAACGACAAGAACUUUGUCAUGGACGGGCUAUGUUUCUCCGAUCAUACGCCGACUCCGGGUCUUGUCGAGUACAAAAAGGCCAUCGAGCCUGUGCAGGUACUGGGACUCGACGGCGACGAGGUUACCGUGAUCAACCGAUACGAUUUCCUCACUUUGGAUCAUUUAACGUGCCACGCCCACUUUCUCACCGAGGAUCGUCGCUUUGCAGAGAUCUCGAUUGUCAUUCCAAAAGGAAAAGAAGCCUUCUUGAACUUGAGGUUCAGCUUGAAGGAGCGCACGGCCUGGGCACCUGCUGGCCACGAGGUUGCAUGGGGCGACAUUCAAAUUGGCCAGCCGGACAGCCUGACGGCGAGCCUGCACCAUCUAGGCAUGGAGCCAAACACCACUCGUCUCCCCACGAUAACGCAAGAGUCUUCCCAUUUUCUCUCGAUCACCUCGAGCAGCGGCUUGAAAACGUGGGGGUUCGACCUCCACGAAGGCACGCUGACGAGCGUCACGCGCGGCGACCAGCCCAAGCUCAACCUGCUCACCUCCCCCCUCACGCUCGACUUCUACCGCGCCCUCACCGACAACGACCGCGGCGGCCGCUUCGGCUGGGAGUGGCGAGACCGCCGCCUCCACCAGACCCACGCCCAUGUGCGCAGCGCCGAGUGGCGCGAGACAAAGCGCAGCCUCGAAGUGACGGUGCACGCGCGCAUCGCGCCCCCCGUGCUCGCCUGGGGCGUCGACACGACGACGACCUUUUCCUUCCGCGGCGAGGGGUGCCACAUCAAGAUCAAGGGCACGCCGCGCGGGCUGCGCCUGCCGGGCACCUUUGCGCGCAUCGGCCUGACGCUCGGCCUCGCCGGCGUCGACGAGGUCGAGUGGUUCGGCCGCGGCCCGGGCGAGAGCUACCGCGACAAGAAGAUGAGCCAGCGCUUCGGCACGUGGCGGCGCGGCGUCGACGCCCUUUUCACCGACUAUGAGUUUCCCCAGGACGGCGGCAACAGGACGGACGUCCGCUGGGUCAAGUUCAAGCAGCUGCUCAGCGGCGACGGCGGCGGCGGCGGCGGCGAUCCUGGCACGCUGCUCACGGCGCGGUUCGGCGACCUCGAGGGUGCUUCCUUCUCGGCCAUGCACUACACGACGGCGGAUCUGGACGAGUGCCAGCACCCGUAUGAGCUGCACAAGCGGCGGCGGGACGACACGAUCGUGAGGCUCGACUGGGCGCAUCACGGGCUGGGGACGGGGUCGUGCGGGCCGGCGACGCUGCCGCAGUACGAGCUGAGGUCGGAGGACUUUUCGUACGAGCUGCUCCUCGAGUAG